GUUACCGCCGCGGGUAUUUUUAGCAGUGACAUGUGUCACCUCAGCUGCCGUCGCGGCGGGGGGUGGCAGGGGGAGGCUCUCGCUGCUGCCACACGCCGCCUUCGCUCUCCGGCUCACGGGGUCCCGCACCGUCGGCAGAGCCCGGUGCCGCUGUGGGCCCGCAGCCUCCACCCAGCAUCGUCCCUCCUCACUGCCAGCAUGGCCAUCUCCUCACGCCUGGCGCUCUGGGAGCAGAAGAUCCGGGACGAGGACCGGGGGCCGCCCCCAUCCGCACCCCCCCUGCUGCUGUCGGUCAUCCCAGGGGGGUUCAUCAAGCAGCUCGUGCGGGAGACUGAGAAGGAGGCGAAGGCGGCAAAACUGAAGAAGGAAACCAAGGCAAGUGCGAAAGAGGAGCCCGUGGGGCAGGACGGCGAGUGUCCAGCUGGGGACACCCCGGUCACUGGAGGAGAGGUGGCCAGCAAGGAACAGCUGCUGCAGAACGGGCUGCACGUGGAAGGGCAAGGGGGUGACAGGGUCUCGGCCCCCCCACGCAAGGAGCUGCCACCUGGGAGGGUGGCACCGGGGGCCACCCCCAGCAAAACCCUGUUCCCAACACCUGGCCCAGCAGUGGCUGUCCCCAAACCAGCAGAGACCCCUCGCCCAGAGGCUCCCAAGGCAGCGAAGCCGUCGUGCCCAGAGAAGAGCCCCAGGGACCCCCGCCCUGGGGGCAGCCCCCCAGCUCCAGCCCUUGUACCCAACAAGGGCCCCCAGCGCUGCAGCAAAGUCCCAGCGAAGGAGAGGGACGCAACCAAGGGGACAGGCCCUGAGGGCACCAAGGAGAAGGAGGCACCCCCCAGCCACGAGCAGCCCCCAGCCAAGGCAAGAACCAAGAGGGAGCCGGGGCCAGUUAGGAGAGAGCCGGAGAAGAUGAGGAAAGAUGUCGGAGGUGGCAAGAAGGAGCCAAGUGAAAUCAAAAAGCCUGGAAAAAAUGUGAACAAGGCAGAGAGACCCAAGGAGGAGCCAGGAGGGAUCCAAGAAAAGUCAGAAGAUGUGGCAAAGGAGGUGGGGAAGGUGAAGGAAGAGCUGAGAGAGGGUAAAGAGGCACCGGGAGAGAGCAAAGAGACAGGCGAGAGCACGGAUAAGGACCAGGCUCCAAGGGACGUUUGGUAUGAAGCGGAGAAGGUCUGGCUCAUCCAGCAGGACGGAUUCACGCUCGCCACGCAGCUGAAGCCAGAUGUGGGGACACCUGAGCUGCCGGUGGGGAGGCUGCGGGUGCGCCGGGAGGAUGGCAGUGUCACCGAGGUGGACGAGGACAGUGUGCAGCGGACCAACCCCCCCAGCCUGGAUUACGCCGAGGAUCUGGCCACCCUCCUCAGCCUCAACGAGUGCAGCGCCAUGCACACGCUGCAGCAGCGGUACCGUGCCCGCCUGCCAUGCACCCACGCUGGGCCCAGCCUGGUGGCCAUCAGGCCCAGCUUUGCGGCCACCAGCAGCGCGGGGAAGGUGUUCAAGGGGAAGCGGGACAGCAUGCCCCCGCACAUCUGCUCGCUGGCACAGAGAGCAUACAGGAACCUGCUGCUGCAGCGGCAGGACCAGGCCAUCGUGCCCCUGGGACGCAGCGGGGCUGGGAAGACCACGUGCUGCCAGAGCGCCCUGGAGUACCUGGUGGGCACGGCAGGCAGCCUGGAUGGCACUGUCUCAGUGGAGAAGAUCCAGGCAAUGUUCACAGUCCUGGGAGCCUUUGGGUCAGUGACCACCGGCCACAGCAGCAGCUCCACGCGCUUCUCCAUGGUCCUGUCCCUGGAUUUCAGUGCCACCGGCCGGAUCACCGCUGCUCACCUCCAGACCCUGCUCCUGGAGAGGUUUCGCGUCGCCCAGCAGCCCCCCGGAGAGAGCAACUUCAACGUCUUCUCCCUGAUGCUGGCGGGGCUGGAUGCAGCACACAGAACGAUGCUGCACUUGCAUCAGGUGUCAGAGAGCAAUUCCUUUGGGAUCAAGCCAUUUGCAAAGCCCGAGGAGAAGCAGAAAGCCUCGGCGGCGUUUGCCCAGCUCCAGGCUGCCAUGGGCACACUGGGCAUCACAGCGGAGGAGCAGGCGGCGGUCUGGCGUGUCUUAGCCGGCAUCUACCACCUGGGAGCCGCUGGCGCCUGCAAAGUUGGCAGGAAGCAGUUCAUGAAGUUCGAGUGUGCCAGCACGGCGGCCGAGGUGCUCGGCUGUGACCUGGAGGAGCUCAGCACCGCCAUCUUCAAGCACCACCUGAAGCAGAUCCUGGCGCAGGUCACGGUGCGGGGCCGGGGGCUGCCCCCCCCGGAGGAGAGCCCGGCAGGGCCAAAGCUGACAGGCGUGGAGUGCGUGGAGGGGAUGGCUGCAGGUCUCUAUGAAGAGCUGUUUGCUGCUGUUGUCUCGCUGAUCAACAGGUCUUUCUCCUCCCAGCACCUCUCCAUGGCCUCCAUCGCCGUGGUGGACACUCCGGGCUUCCACAACCCGCGGCACCACCGGGCCGAGCGAGCAGCCACCUUUGAAGAGCUCUGCCACAACUACGUGCACGAGCGUCUGCAGGCUCUCUUCUACGAGAAGACCUUCAUUUUAGAAAUGGAGAGGUACCGAGAGGAAAAUGUUGAGGUGUCUUUUGAUCUUCCAGAGCGCUCACCAUUGGCCACGCUGUCCAUCAUCGACCUGAGCUGCUCCCAGCCACCAGUGCUGCCCAGCAGCCCGGAUGCCGAUCGCAAGGGGCUGUUCUGGAUCCUGGACGAGGAGGUGCUGGUCCCAGGCUCUGGGGACAGUGCUGCCUUUGACCGCCUCUGCUCCUACUUCUCCACGAAGGGACCUGAUCAGGAGGGGGACAGCUACAUGCGGAGGUGUGAGCAGGCGCUGCACUUUGAGAUCUGCCACCAGCUGGGCACGGACCCUGUGCGCUACGACCUCACAGGCUGGCUCAGCAAAGCCAAGCUCAACCUCUCAGCAGAAAACGCCGUCCAAGUGCUGCAGCAGUCCAAGGUAACCGCCUUGCAGGAGCUGGUGCGGCCACGGGUGCCGCUGGGCUGCCGCGCCGUGGGGGGGCUGGAGGGACGCUCCCAGGCCGCCUUGCACCGCAACGCCUGUCUCAGGAAAACCUUCGCCAGCAGCUUUGCCGCCGUGAGGAAGAGGUCGGUGUGUGCACAGCUCAAGCUGCAGGCGGAUGCGCUCACCAACCUGCUUCGACGGUCCCGGUUGCACUUUGUCCACUGCCUCGUCCCAGGACCAGGGACAGAGGGGCCAGUGUCCCCCUCAUCGCCUGAUGCAGCCCCACGGCUGGACGUGCCGACGCUGCGAGUCCAGCUGGAGGGGACACAGCUCCUGGAUGCCCUGCGCCUGCACCGCAUCGGGUAUGCAGAUCGCCUACUCCUCACUCAGUUCCGAAGGCGCUUCCAGGUCCUUGCUCCAGACGUCAUGAAGAAGCACACAUCUGCCUACGAGGUGCCGGACGAGAGCAAGGCGAUCGAGGAGCUCUUCCAGGCGCUGGAUCUGGAGAAGAAGAGCAUUGCCAUCGGACGCAGCCAGGUUUUCUUGAAGCCGGGGGUCAUCUCCAGGCUGGAGAAGCAACGCGACAAGCUGAUAGCCCAGAAGAUGAUCCUGCUCCAGGCUGCUUGCAAGGGCUUCCUCAGCCGCCAGAAGUUCAAGAGGUUGAAGAUCCAGCGCCUCGCCGUCCGCUGCAUCCAGAAGAACCUGGUGGUGUUCCAGGCCAUCAGAAACUGGCCAUGGUGGCAGCUGCUGAGCCGUGUGCGGCCCCUGCUCAGCGUCAGCCUUGCGGAGGAGCAGCUCCGUGCUAAAGAAGAGGAGCUGGCGGCGUUGAGAAGGAAGCUGGAAAAAUCUGAGCAGGCAUGCAGUGAGCUCAGGCAGACGGCAGAGAAGCUGGAAAGCAAGAUCAUCGACCUGACGACGGAGCUGUCAGACGAGCGGUACAAGGGUGACGUCGCCUGCCAGGUGCUGGACGGGGAGCGGGCAGAGAGGCUGCGGGGUGCCCGCGAGCUGCAGGAGCUGCAGAGCAAAAAUGACCAAGUGCAGAAGAAACUGGAGUUGGUGGAAAAACAGCUGGAAGAGGCCCAGCAGCUAGUUCAGCUGCGUGAGAUGAAGAUCAGUGGCUCUGGAGGAGAGGAUGAGUGGCAAGUGCGGUUUGACUGCGCGCAGACCGAGAUCUCAUUCCUGCGGAAGCGGCUGGCGCAGCUGGAGCAGCGGCUGGAGGCCGAGCUGGGUGCCAGGACCGGGCUUGAGCAAAAGCUCAGCGAGGCGCAGGCAGCCUGCGAGGCGGCCAGGAAGGCGUCCCAGCAGCUGCGGCGGCGGUGCCGGCGGCUGGUCUGCGAGCUGGAGGAUGCGCGGGUGCUCGCUGAGAGCCAGCAGAGCCGCAGCCACGAGCUGGAGAAGAGGCAGAAGAAGUUUGACCUGCAGUUAGCCCAGGCCCUCGGGGAGUCUGCCUUUGAGAAGAGGCUCCGUGAAAAAGUGGCACAGGAGAACACCAGCAUCCGAUGGGAGAUGGGCAAACUCCAGCAGAGCUUAGAGCAGAAGGAGGCGGAGGCGGCCGGCCUGGCGCAGCGGGUGACGGUGCUGGCCGGCCGGGUGCAGGAGCUCAGCACCCCCGGUGCCCUGGACGCCCGCGCUGUGCCCACGCUCAGGACGCAGCUCUGGGACCUGGAGGCCAGCGCUGCUGAGCAGAGGAAGGAGCUGGAGCGGCAGACAGCUGCUGUGGAUCACCUGGAGCAGCUGCAUCAGAGGCUGGAGCUGGAGAUAGAGCGGAUGAAGCAGAUGCACCAGAAGGAGCUGGAGGACAAGGACGAGGAGCUGGAGGAUGUGCGGCAGUCCUGCCAGAAGAGGCUCCGGCAGCUGGAGAUGCAGCUGGAACAGGAGUACGAGGAGAAGCAGAUGGUGCUGCACGAGAAGCAGGACCUAGAGGGGCUCAUCGCCACCCUGUGCGAGCAGAUUGGCCACCGUGACUUCGAUGUGGAGAAGCGGCUGCGGCGGGACCUGCGCCGGACCCGAGCCCUGCUCGCCGACCUGCAGCUGCUGCUGGCGGCCCCUGCGGACCCUGCGGCCAGCGCCGCGGAGCUGGAGCGGCUGCGCAGGCAGCUGGAAGAGAGCAAAGCAAAGUGUGCAGAGGCCCAGAGGUCCCAGCAGACGGCGGCCCUGGAGCUGGAGAACGUGCAGACAGAGCUGGAGACCCUCAGCAGGAACAAGACCCUGGUGGACGAGCAGCUGUACCAGCUGCAGCACGAGCGAGCAGACCUCCUGAAACGCAUUGACGAGGACCAGGAAGACCUGAAUGAGCUGAUGGCAAAGCACAAGGCUCUGAUCGCCCAGUCGGCGACAGAUAUCACCCAGAUCCGGGACCUGCAGACGCAGCUGGAGGAUGUGAAGAAAGAAAAGCAGAGCCUUCAGGAGAAGCUGCAGGCAGCGCAGAUGAAGGCAGCGCAGCUGGAGCAGAGCCCGGCUGAGCGCUCCAUUGUCAGCCGGCAGGAAGCCCGCAUCCGCGACCUGGAGAGCCAGCUGGACUUCCAGGCUGUGCAGAUGAGGCGCUUUGAGGUGCUGGUGCUGCGCUUGCGGGACAGCAUCAUAAAGAUGGGUGAGGAGCUGGAGAAGGCAGCUGAGUCGGAGGCACGGGAGAAGGAGAGCAGCCGGUACUACCAGAGGAGGAUGGAGGACAUGAAGGCUGAGAUGGAUGAGCUGGUGCAGAGGGAGCUGGAGUCCAGCCGCCGGCGUGUGGAGCUGGAGCAGCAGCUGGCAGAGCUGGCCGCCGUGCGGCAGGGGCUGCAGACUGACCUGGGCACCUCCAUCCGCCGCAUCGCCCAUCUGCAGCUGGCCCUGGAGGAGCUGCGUCCCGGUGAAGAGAGUGAUGCCGAGAGGGACACUCGCUCCAGUGUCGGCUCUACACUCAGUCUGGAGCCCACAGAGAGCAUCAUGUCCUGGCCGGGGUCAUCUGCGGGCUGGUCAUCCCCGACGGGUACCAGCGUGGCCGGGAGCAUCUCAGCACAGUCUGUCGGCAGCCGCAGCACCCAAGGACCGAGGGUGAGCAGGGACACCAAGGAGCCCACACCAAGCAGGCCAGCUUCUUCCCUGAGUGCUGCCAGGUCUGUCGAUGCUGCGGAUCUGGAGAGGACGAGUCCCUUGCUCGGUGCCAGACGACGGGAAUACAGCAAACCUCCGGCAGCUGAAGAGGAGCUGGAGAGACUGAAAAAACCCGUGGACGGGAUUGGAGAGACGUCCCCAUCGGUGCUGCGGCGAGGGGGCUCCCCUGCCCCGGCUGGGGGGUUUACCAGCCCGCGGUCCCCAUCAGUGCCAAGGCGGAGGGGACUGUCCCCAGUGCCCAGCACCUCGGCCGCCCUCUCCGAGUACGUGGAGGAGCUGCGGCGACAGCAGGGAGCGGAGCGGGAGCCGGGGCUGCCAGCACUGGGCGAUGCCUCCCUCCUCCCCAUUUACCGCACCACGGGUGCCGCAGCCCUGCGCCGCUGCCGGGCUCUCCCCGCAGCUGAGGAUCCCCUUGGGAAGCUGGAGGGGACUUGGCCAGGGGAAGGUGAAGGAACCGGCACCAGCCUCGUGCGCUCCUCCAGCCUGCGCAGCAUGGCCUCGGAGCCAGCCGAGCCACCACGCUCGCCGGUGCUGAAAAGAGCAUCAAAAUUUGGCUCCUACGACUCCCUCCUGCAAACCUUCGAUGGCUCCGGCUGCCGUCCAAGCUCCCUGGCCACGGGAAUGGAGGCGGUGGGCACGCUGCGGCUGAGCUCCUGGAGAAGCUGCCUGGAGCCAUCGGUGGAAGAUGUGGAGGUGGGAAGGGGCUCCACGGGGCUCCUGAGCUACCCAUCCAGCCCUGGGCUGGGCGAGGGGAGGGGGAGCGACCCCUUCUCGUGGCGAAUCCCCACCCUAAACUACGAGAGGAGAACCAACGUUGACUUCGAUGACUUCCUCCCGGCCAUCCGCAAAUCCCGCUCCACCAGCAGCCUGGCCAAGCCUGGCAGGGACAGGAGGGAUGGCCACCGGCCCCUCACCGUCCGCUUCCAGGAUGAGGCCAUGGUGGGCAGUUCAGCAUCCUCUGAGACAAAGGUCAUGGCCAAGCGCAGCCCAGCCCCCCAGGAGGACCCCGGGAACGUCUCUGACUCCUCCUCAUCCUCCGGCUCCGUCCGCUCCUCCCGCAGCACCGACAGCAUCAAGCGCCGACCCCCAAGGGGGGACAGGGAGGGGAGCAGCACCCAGGGCAGUGGGACAAGCCGCCGGGAGGAGGCUGAGGGGAAGGAAGACGAUGUCAACAGCAUCAUGAGGAAGUACCUGGGAAAAGACUAAGGAAGCACAAUUUGCAUAAUGAAACAUCCCACUUUUCUCCAGACUUUGUGUCAAUAAACUGCAGCAACUGGCCUUGGCAUCGCACUGAGUGAGGAGCCGCGACAGGCAAACCACUUCCCUCUCCUUUGGGAAAGCGUCUGAUGGAAGCACAUCUGUAACCUAAACAGAGAUUGACGGUGACUCCCUGAAUUAAUGGCGUGCUUUUACAGAUGAUGAGACUCUUUUUGUUUUUAAACAUGUCGUGGUGUCUUCAUGCUCCUACCCUGUUUCUGUCACCACAGCUUUGCUCAGGACCAGCCGCGGGGACAAGGGACUUUCUUGUUCUCCUGCAGUCAUUUGACUCAGGAGUUGGUGCUGUAAUUAAAACCCAGUGGCUGUUGUAGAUGUCCGAUAACGUGCCAUGCUGGCCAGGGAAAGUCCACGCUGGAGGAACACCAAAACCCCUCCCUUUUAACUCAAAAGCUGCAGCCCAGAUGUCUCAUCGCACGUAGCACUGCUCACAAAUCAGCCAAAUGUCCAAAGGUUGCUUUUGGAUCUUGGUUUUCAAAUGGAGCUGCACAUUGCAGACCAGCUCUCUUCAUAUGCUUUUAUUUUCUUAGUUUCCAGAGGCUGAGACUUUCUCUGAAGCUUUUAUAAUUCUGUAGAUAUUUACAGAUCCGUACAUGCUUUCAGGGCUCCCACCUGUUGGGGACAUCUGGGCACGUUCCUGUGGCAUGCGAGGCAGCACUGCGGUCAUGUGGCAAUGGGAUGUCUGCUUGAUUUUUACACAAUAAAAUAGUUGUUUCUUUGACACAAGUCUCUUCUUGUCUUUCCUUUCCUGCAGUGAGAGCAGGUCCGUGUAGCAGAGCCGGGCACUCCCCACAGCCUGGGGCUUCUCCCCGGAGACCCUCCGGCCUCCCCAUCUCUCUGCACUCACAAAAAGCUCAUUUUUUCAGCCUCAACCUUCUUUCCUAGAAGACAUCCAAACUUACUAAUUUAUCAGAGGACACAAAGGAAAUUGCUCUGUCACUUGAAAUUGCUUUGCACAUCCUUUAACAACAAACCAGGGAAAAAUGACGCUCAGACUGGAGCUUUUCAGGCUGAGUCCAGAGAAUUGUUUGUCCUUGAAGCAGCCGGAGCAGGAGAAGAGCAACGCUCAUGGGCAGUGAGAAGGAGCCAUCCAUCAGUGCUGGCUGGCUAUAAAUCCUGCGUGUCUGUGAAAACGCCUGUUCCCUGCCUGCUCCUGACAGUAUGGGGGACCGGUGACCAAUGGCCAGUGGAUGUGCCUUCCAAGAGCCUUCAUCGGAGAAGCCAUCUCUGUGGAGAGCUCCAUCGUUUGCAAGAUGUGCAUGUUUCAGGAUUGAUUGUCCAAAGCCAUCUUGCCACUGCUGACACAUGGACCCAGCUGGCCCCUGACACGUCACAUUGUCAUCGAUGGAGGAUCCAAUGCCGCAGCGGGUGAGCCAGGUUUUCUACACCAGCCCAAGCAGCCUGCAGCUUCCUGCUGUGCCGGUGACAGUUGUUUGCCGCGCUCUGGCGAGGCUCUGGCAAUCCUAGCAGAGCCCAGAACAUCCGUGAAGCUCUGAAUAUUUAACUGCACUGAGCAUGCAUGUGCCAUCGGCUCAUGCUCAUCGAGUGGGCAGAAAUCCUGGGGGAUAAUUUCCUAAAGCCUGGACGAGGACCUGGAGAAAGAGCCAGUGUCUCUAGGCUGAGGCUUUGCUGGGCUCGGCUUAGUCCGACACUUCUCCCUGCAGUCUGUCCAUCUGCUGUGCAGCCUCCGCGGGAGCUCCUGGGUUUAGAGCUGAGAUCUGAAUAGCAAAUGAGCGGAGGAUGUGCCAAGACUGCAGACCACCUGCUAAGAGCCAAAGGUACGUUUCUGUGACCCCCCCGGGAGGCUCUGGUGGGUGAUGGGCAGGGACAGGACUGUCCCUGCUCCCCACACUCAUGUGUCUCCAUGUGGCUCCUGGACUCUCUCUCAAGUCAGAAGUUCCAAAAUACAUAUUAUAUGCAUUAUAUAUAUAAAAUACA